GGCGCGGAGCUGAAGAUGUCGGCCAAACGGAAAGCGGAGAAUCUGGUCCCGGCGGAGGAGAGCGACCAGUUACUGAUCCGCCCGCUGGGAGCUGGCCAAGAGGUGGGAAGAUCAUGCAUCAUUGUGGAAUUCAAAGGAAGAAAAAUCAUGUUGGAUUGCGGGAUACAUCCUGGCCUUGAAGGAAUGGAUGCACUCCCGUACAUUGAUUUGAUUGAUCCAGCAGAGAUAGACCUCCUUCUGAUUAGUCAUUUCCAUUUAGAUCACUGUGGUGCACUCCCUUGGUUCCUGCAAAAAACUAGUUUUAAAGGCAGGACAUUUAUGACACAUGCUACAAAAGCUAUAUAUCGCUGGCUGUUGUCUGAUUACGUCAAGGUCAGUAAUAUUUCAGCAGAUGAUAUGCUAUACACAGAAUCAGAUCUAGAAGAAAGCAUGGAUAAAAUUGAAACAAUCAACUUCCAUGAAGUGAAGGAUGUGGCAGGUAUCAAGUUUUGGUGCUACCACGCAGGUCAUGUCCUGGGAGCAGCCAUGUUUAUGAUUGAAAUAGCCGGGGUGAAGAUUUUGUAUACUGGAGAUUUUUCUCGACAAGAGGAUAGGCACUUAAUGGCUGCUGAAAUUCCCAGCGUCAGGCCUGAUAUUCUCAUUAUAGAGUCUACGUAUGGUACUCACAUCCAUGAGAAACGGGAGGAACGUGAAGCUCGAUUCUGCAACACCGUACACGACAUUGUGAAUCGUGGGGGGCGCUGCCUCAUUCCUGUCUUUGCUCUAGGCCGUGCCCAAGAGCUGCUCCUCAUUUUGGAUGAAUAUUGGCAGAACCAUCCUGAACUACAUGACAUCCCCAUCUACUAUGCCUCAUCCCUGGCAAAAAAAUGUAUGGCUGUAUAUCAAACUUAUGUCAAUGCCAUGAAUGAGAAAAUUCGAAAACAGAUCAGUAUUAACAAUCCUUUCGUCUUCAAACACAUCAGCAACCUAAAGAGUAUGGAUCAUUUUGAUGACAUUGGUCCAAGUGUGGUGAUGGCCUCUCCUGGUAUGAUGCAAAGUGGUUUGUCCAGGGAACUGUUUGAAAGCUGGUGCACUGAUAAGAGGAACGGCGUCAUUAUUGCAGGUUACUGUGUUGAAGGCACACUAGCUAAGCACAUUAUGUCAGAGCCUGAGGAGGUAACCACCAUGUCUGGACAGAAGUUACCAUUGAAGAUGUCAGUAGAUUAUAUUUCAUUCUCUGCACAUACAGAUUACCAACAGACCAGCGAAUUUAUUCGUGCGUUAAAACCACCGCAUGUGUUGCUUGUGCACGGUGAACAGAAUGAAAUGGCCAGACUGAAGGCCGCACUUAUCCGCGAAUAUGAAGACAAUGACGAGGUUCACAUUGAGGUCCACAACCCACGUAACACUGAGGCUGUGACGCUAUAUUUCAGAGGUGAAAAACUUGCCAAGGUGAUGGGCUCCUUGGCAGACAAAAAGGCCGAUCAAGGCCAAAGGAUAUCGGGGAUACUUGUAAAAAGAAACUUCAACUAUCACAUACUUAUUCCUUCUGACCUAUCGAUUUACACCGACCUCGCAAUGAGCACAGUGACACAGACUCAGGCCAUUCAGUAUUCAGGACCUUUCAUGCUAUUGGCACAUCACCUCCAAACUCUUGCAGAUGAUGUGGAAGAAAUAGAAGUUCAGGAAAAGCCGGCACUGAAGGUCUUCAAGGCAAUUACAGUGGUUCAGGAGCCAGGCAUGGUUAUGCUGGAGUGGGUGGCCAAUCCACUAAAUGACAUGUAUGCUGAUGCAGUAAUGACAGUGAUUCUGGAGGUGCAAUCAAACCCUAAAGCACAAAAAGUCAAACAAGUAAAUGCAAACAAAAAAGUUGACCAGGAAACGUACACAAAGAGACUGGAAGUUAUGCUAGAAGACAUGUUUGGUCAGGAUUGUGUAUCCAGAUCUAAAACUGGCAAUACUCUCUCUGUAACAGUUGAUGGCAAGUCAGCAAACGUUUCUCUGGACACAAGGGUGGUGGUGUGUGAAGAGGGCAGUGUGGAGGAUGAACCCCUUCGAGAAAUGGUAGAAAUGGCAGUGCAACGACUCUAUGAAACGAUACAUCCAGCCCUCUCUUGAUUUGGUGAAAGCCAGUGAUAAAUACGAACUGUUUUGUUUUUGUCAUCAACAAUUAAUGGCAUUGCUCUGUUUCUGUCCCUUGUCUGGGUGCUGUAAAUGAUCCAAUCUAGUUUGAAGAAACUGAGAAUGUGCAUUGUGUUGCAUCUUUAUGUUUAAAACUAGAAUAAAUGUUCAUUGAAGGUUAAUCUGGUUCAUUACCUGGUUUGGGCCAAAAAAACAAAGAAUAAGAUAGUGUGACUUCAAACUCAUCAAUAAAGUUGUAAUGUUUUCCUGAAAACAUUUUUUCUUUGCUAUUGGCCUUGUUUGAGUAGUAAGGGAAUCGUCUGAUUUUGGUUAUAUGAUUCUUCAUUUCGUAAAAUGAAACAAAAUGACAAACAAGCCAGAUGUGUUUUGGGGUAUCUGUUGGGUACCUAAUAUAAUGAAAGUAGACCGUUUUAAAAAACAAACUUACAUUUUUACACAAUAAAUAUUUUUAACAAUC